UGUUUUAUGCAUUGUUAAAUCGAUCGCUUAAAAGUAUACGUUAUAGUAUAAUCAUUUACACUACACGUACUCCUAUUUCAUAAUUGAACGUUAUAGUCUACAAAAAAUUACACCGAAUUGGAUAAAUUCACCUUCCAAGUUAUAGGUACUAGAAAAAAGAAUAAGAAGGAAUAUUUGUUCAAUCGAUAAAGAAAGAGGGGAUAAUAUGCGCCUCUUUCUUUUUCGCAGUCAUAUGUGUUCUGACCAUUGCACCGACAUGAUCUGUCUCGAAGCGCAGUAUUUUAAUCUGAAUAGAAUCCUUUUACAAGGCACUGCACAAUGGCCGUUUGAACAGUCGAAACUCACACGACUUCAGUUUAUUAUAAACUGGACUAUUCUCGUUUCCGCUAUUAUGUGUCAGAUACCUACAUGUUUUACGUCACAAUUCACAUCUAAAUUUGCUAUUAAAGUUUUCUCCUGUGUACUGUUCUUAUCUUUUGUGACGAUACAUUACACUUCAUUUCGAUUUAACAUCAAAACCGUAAAGGAUUUGAUGGAGCAACUUCACUGUGCAUGCACCAAACUAAGAGACAAAAAUGAAAUCGCUAUAAUACAAGAGUAUGGCAGCACUGCAAAUCGUAUUACAGCUGCAUUUGUCGUACUUUUCGGUAUUAUAAAAUCUGCUUUUUGGGCCAUUCAAGUUGCAAUACCAUAUCUGGAUAACGUUACACCUAUAAACGGAUGCCGACCACAUCGAUUAUACAUAGCUGUCGAAUACUUUAUUGAUCAAGAAAAAUAUUACUAUGUAAUUCUGAUUCACAUGAAUGCAGCCCUAUUUAUUGGAAUAUUAACAGUACUAGCAACGGCAACAUUGAUGCUUAUGUUUUUCCACCAUGCAUGCGGAAUGUUCAAAAUUGCUUGUUAUCGUAUCGAACACGCGAUUGAGAUUAAUACACUAAAACAUAUUAGUUUUAACAGCGUACCUUCCAUAUCCAAGAAAAUAGUGUAUGCAGUAGAUAUUCAUCGGGAAGCUAUGCAAAUAACCGACCAUUUGAUGAACAGGUUCGAUACAACGUUCUUUUGUUUAACAGUGCUCUCGGUGAUUACACUGAGUCUCAAUUUUUUGCAAAUUUCUCAAUCUGUGAUAUUCGAACAUAAUAUAAAAGAAGCUAUAAUUCCUUCUGUAAGCGUAAUUGUUAUUAGUAUAUACGUGUUUCUUUCCAAUGUGUUUGGACAACAUAUAACGGAUCACAAUAAUGAAAUAUAUGCUGCUGCAUACAACAUUCAAUGGUACUUGUGCCCUAACCAUGUACAAAGACUGAUAGUGUUGCUUUUGCAAAGGAAGGCUAAACAAUUUCAUAUAACUUGCGGAGGAAUGUUCAUAGCAUCGUACGAGUGUUUCGCAACGGUAAACGUUAGCAAAAGCAACGAUGUCUUACUUUACUCUCAUGCAUUCCACACGAAGAUAAGGAAGAAACACAUCACUAAAGACAAAAAUAGUUAAAGAGCUUCAUACACCUCUGGCGCCUAAUAGCCAGCGCAUACAAAACUUAAGCGAAAAAAUAUCUCAAGCUAGAAGACACAUAGAAAACAACCGAUCAAUCCUCGGUCGAUUGUUUUUAUUUGUUGAGAUUUGAAUGGUUAGAUGGUUGGAUGAGAUCGCUUUGUUCGGUUGGUUUUCUCUGUUCAGUAAUAAUGGUCAUCUCAACUUCCGCUAAUCACUAGUUUCUGCUCUUUGUAAGAUUGCGAAUAUCACGAACGAUCAGUUUUUACGAGUUAAUAAUUAUCGGCACUGCGCUUAAUUCAUUUUAUUUUCCUUUUAU